UUUUGGUUUAUUGAGAGGGUUUGGAGAAAAUUAUUAUCAGAAUUGAAAAUUGAAUAAUGGGAAUUUUAUGGAAUGGAGCGAAGAGAGAAUCAAACUCCACAAGGAAAAAUAGCUGGUGUUUUGGUUGAAUUUUUGGAAGUUGCUAUUACUUCUGUUGUUUUUCUCAAAGGGAUUUAUCCUUCUGGUGCUUUUGAGAGGAGAAGGUAUAUGAAUGUUGUGGUUCAAAGGGCUUGUCAUCCUCAGCUUAGAUAUUACAUACAUGCCACUGUUUCAGGACUUCUUCCCUAUAUACAAAAGGGCAUGGUUGAAAGAGUAGCUGUUAUUUUCUUCAAUGCUCAUAAUGUUCCAUUGGAGAAGUUUGUUUUCAAGCUUGCAAUGGACCUCUCCUAUGGUUCAGCUGUGGAAGAGGUUGAUCUUCAGUUCUCUCUCAGAUCAUUUAUGAGCAAGUUGUCAAUCUCAGAAUCUCUUACUAAGAAGCUUCCUCCUGAUUGCAGAUGGGAGAUAACUGCUUACUUUCGAUCCAUUCCCGAGGCAGGUACAAGCAAGGAAGCAGACUUGUGGAUCCCAACCGACACAAAGCAGUGGCAACAGCCUCCACUUAUAACCCCUAUCAAGUCAAUGAGUAGUGAACCUCUAUGCCUGCAACUGUACUUGGAGCAUCCAUGUUUAUCGGAAUCAUUGCUUUGAGAAGGGAACUUCCAAGUAAGGAACACCUCAUUAUUAUCUCCCUACACCUUUGUUUACACAUGCAAUGGUCAUUAUUGGGGGCUAGUGGUUUGAAAGCAUAUUCUCAAUCUGUGGAAUAUUAAAAGAACUUUUUUACAAGCACUAGAGGGCUUGCAUUGAACUCUUCCCAAAUGAAAAGCUGCUUACUUUUUGCUGUGAUUUGAAGGUAGGAGAUAGGAUUUUGAUGAUGUAUUUUUUUGGAUGGACAUUGUAAAAAGCAUCAUGGUUAAUUUAGUAUAUUUUAAUUGGUUCAAAUUGUGUGACUUGAGAAAUGUGAAAAUUGAGGAAAUCAGGAAAAUUGAGAAGAUCCAUUCUCUAGAGAAUUCUUACUUUUGAAUAGCUUUUUUGGUUUUAUGUUAUAAUGUCAUAAGCAGUAAUACUUGUAUGAAUAUUUUGAAAUAUUUAUGAAAAUAGUUUAUGACA